AUGACCUCUUGGUGGUAUAUUGCCAGCAGUUUACUGCUGAUAUCAGUGAACACAUGUACUGCGAUCUGGCCUUACUGGAAUUUCCGGUCGAGUAGUUUUAAGCCUCCCAAGCUUAGGAUCAAUAAUACUGGCCCAACUGAUCCGGGCUUGAUCUUUCUAGGUCCUCGUGGAAAUGUACAGUCAACUGGCCAGGCUGCACUCAUCUACGACAAUCUAGGCAAUCUGGUCUACGAAGGCCCCGGCUAUACUACUUCAAAUUUUAUGGUGCAAACAUUGAAUGGCUCCGAUGUGAUUACUUUCUGGGCUGGCGAGAUUAUCGAUGUUGGCUACAGGUACGGCGCCGUUCAUAUUCUGGACAAUACCUACCAAGAGAUCUAUACUGUUACCUUGACUGCGGACUUCCUCACUCCGGACAAUUCAACAAGGUCUUCAUAUAUUGACUUGCAUGAAAGCCAAAUUACUUCAAACAACACGCUUUUGGUCACUGCAUAUAAUGUCACUCAACAUGACCUAACCUCGAUUGGCGGCACAUCAUCUGGCUGGAUGCUGGAUAGUCAUUUCUACGAAAUUGACAUUGCAACUAAUGAGAUUAUCAACUCGUGGAGUGCACUUGGUCAUGAAGAUGAGAUUCCAUUGACUUCCUCUCACCAGAAGCUGGCUGGCACCACCGCUGGCACCCGGCAUAACCCCUACGAUGCCUAUCACCUCAAUGCCAUCGCACCCACCAACAAUGGCUACUUGAUCUCUCUCCGUCAUACGUGGUCCGCAUAUUAUCUUUCUGAGAACGGAAGCGUGGUGUGGCAAGUUAGCGGCGAGGAUGGGGCUGACUUUACUCAGGUUGGCAAGGCGAAUUUCUCUUGGCAGCAUGAUAUCCGUGUAUGGAACGAGACCGACCAGGGGAUGGUUCUGACUUUAUUUAAUAAUGCCAAUGGCCCCAACGACAGCGAGAGUCCCAGCACUGGUGUAAGCCUGGCUGUUGAUCUCUUGAAUAAGACUGUCACUGGUCUUCGCUCACUCAGUGACCCUGAUGACCGCAUUUUCGCUGUAAGUCAGGGAAGCUACCAGGUUCUCAACGAGGACGAUGGCCACGUCUUCAUGGACUACGGCGCCAUCUCCAAGAUCAAAGAAUUUGACGGAGCUGGAACUGUUGUCUUUGCCGCCCAGUUUGGCCUGAACAAUCUUGUUGCCUCUUAUCGUGGGUACCGCUUUCAGUGGAGUGCUAUUCCUUACUGGAAGCCUGCGCUUACUGUCACUCGGACCUCAACUGGUGCCAUGGUCUACAUGAGCUGGAAUGGUGCUACCGACUAUGACGCCUGGGCUGUCUACUCGGCUUUCUCGGAGAACUCGACGGAUAAUCUGCUACUCUUGUCUUCGAAUCGCACUGGCUUUGAAACUGCCGUUAAGGUGACCAACUUGACAACAAAAUAUAUUCAAGUGGCUGCGCUUCAAGGAAGCCGUAUUCUCGGUUUCUCGGACAUAAUUUAUUUUUAG